UGGCGGGAAAAUAUCCUCACAGAAGAAGACGAUUUUCCUAUUGUUGACUUCCGGUUAGCAAACAUGGCGCAAGGUUCCCGCAAGUUUAAGGCUCAGCGUCCUGGAGCCGCUAAAAAACAACACCACAAACAGAAAGGUCCAAAGAAAGGAGGAAGGAUCGUUGCAGCCAAGAAGGUUCAAAUCGUUCAACAACAACAUUUGAAGAAGGGUCUGGAAGUUGCCAUCAGAAACAAGAUUGAACAAGAAGUGACCCAGAAGGCGAGUUUAUCCCUUCACAAGCCGCUGAAUGUGGUCAAAGGUUCACAGGUCAAAACCAAGACAGGGAGCAGCUCCAAAUAAUAUUAAAAAGUAUACAAUUAUGGAUGCUAUGUUGGUUAUUUUCAUCACGUCAUAAAAACUUUGUUAAAACAUGAA